UGCAGGAAUAAGAUAUUUGUGGAUAAUUCAUUAUGUUGCAAAUUAGAUCAUUGAGUAUUUAGGAAAAUGAUAAUUACGAUUCUGUAACAAUGCUUGUUGGACAAUUUGUAGUUUUAUCAAAAGUAUUAUUUGUAUACUUUUAUUUAUAAGAGAUAUUAUAUAUGUAUAGGUGUAUCCAUUUAUAGAAAUCACAAUAACGUGUUAUUCUUGUUGACGAUAUAUGUUAUCUAAUCGCAAUCUCAACGUAUUAACUUUUAUUAUUUCUAAGAAUUAAGUACAUUGCUUAUUCGUGUGUGAUAUCAUGCUAAUCAUUUACUUUCUUUAAAUUUUCCCUCCAUUUUCAUUUUUUUACGUUAUAAGAAGCAAAGGUUAUGUUAUAUUGAAUAGAGUGUAGCAGGAUUUUAAUCUUGUUUAUAAAAUGCAGACAACGCCCAAGCAAUAUAGCAAUGAACAUUAUAAAAGUACGGAACAAUACUCACCUGUUAUCGUCCCAGAAUCACCUGUGUCAAAAGGAACGAAUUUAACAGGUAAUCCGCGACUAGUACGUGAUUUGUCAGCUGAUAUACAUGCCAGUAUUCAACAAUGGAACAAUAUUCAUUUGCAUGGGAUAUCCAUCUUAAAAGCCAUAACGCAAACAAAGGUCGAUGAAAGUUAUUCUGAAGAAUUACAAAAUUUGUGUGAUGAUUUGGAAAAGGACUGUAAUUCAUUGGCGGAUAUUGUUGACAAUUUAAAACAAUUGUCACAUCAGAUGAAAGCUGUAGCUUCACUGCAUAAGAGCAAGGAAUACAUGUUUUUAACAUGGCCAGUAGAAAUAUUUGGUGAUGUAGCUAAUGAAAUAUAUAAAGCAUAUGAGAAAGACCUUGCAGUACGUUAUAAGGUUCUUGAAAAUGUUGCACACGAUCAUAAAGAGUCUUGGAAAAUGUUACAUUUGGCCACGUGGGUACAUCAAACUCAAAUAUCUGAGAAGUUAACAAGAUUAUUGGAAUCGAUGCUUCUAGAAACUGGACAUAGAUAACUAAAAGGAAAAAAAAGAACGCAUUAAUUAAAGAAUGUGUAUUACAAGAAACUUUUUUUAUUGACAUCUUAUAUGUUAUGCAUUUAUACUUUAUACGAGAAUAAAUCAACGGUAAAUUUUACUCUCUAAUAAGA